AAUGGGAGAGUUCCCAUGGUGGUUACAUACAACAUGCACAGACGCCGUUCUGCAGAGAAUCAUCAGGCAGGAAUUUGCAGAAUGCACAGUAAUAACUGUAGCUCACAGAGUUCCAACCGUUAUAGACAGUGACAUGGUCAUGGUCCUCUCCUAUGGGAAGCUGGUGGAGUAUGAAGAGCCUUCAAAGCUCUUGGAUACAAACUCCUAUUUCUCCAAGCUUGUAGCUGAAUAUUGGUCAAGCUGCAAGAGAAACUGAUGCCAAAAUG